AUGUUUGGAAUCCCAGGCAGUUUUGAUCUGUUCCUUCGUACUAACUUUCUUGAAGAACAAGCGUCUCAUGUAAGGGAUCUGUCCGGUGGCCCGGCAGAUCUGUUCGUGCGCGUGACUGGCGAUUGUGCUGUUUGUGGUUUUGCUACCGGGGAUGUUGAUUCGGGGGAACGUGGUCCUGCUCGAUUGGUGCUAGUAGGGCGUAGCGGGAUUGCUAGAGCUCCUGGCCAAUUGUGCAAAAUAGAACAUUUUGACUGGUCGCAAAAAGUUUUGGGGACUGUUGAACUCAGGGUUGGCAUGUCAUGUGAGGGAUGUGUUGGAGCUGUUAAGCGGGUUCUUGGCAAAAUGGAAGGUGUUGAGUCCUUCGAUGUAGACAUCAAGGAGCAGAAGGUCACUGUGAAGGGUAAUGUGACGCCGGAUGCUGUUCUGCAGACUGUUUCGAAGACAGGCAAGAAGACGGCGUUCUGGGAGGCUGAACCCUCAGCGGCAUCUGCUGUUUCGUCCUAA